AUGAUCCCUAAUAAUCUUAUUCUCCUCUCCGCAUUGGCCGCCAGCGCAUUGGCUGCACCAAGCGGAGUCGUCAAGCGACAGAGCAAUGAGGACAACCUCUGGCAAGUUCCUGUCAGACGUGACCCAAAGGAACCUGGGCAGGAUAGGUGGACGCAAAUCAACUCCGUCGUUACUCCAAUCGACAAGGCGGCAGAUGACAAUCGCAAAUUCUCCUACUACCCAUCCCUUUACAACAUGGGUGGCGCCCUUUUCUUGCUCUUCUCUGGCGCCCCAAAGGAUGUCGAUGGCAUGGGCCAAGAUGUGCGAAUCUCUUACUCCACAGAUGGGAAAUGGAGCAAACCAGAGAUCGCCUUUCCCGCGGCUCUUCUACCAAACCAGACAACUAUCGAGACCUCGGAGUACUACUGCAAGCGUGGCAUUCCCCAAAGAGCCUUGCAGGCACUAUCCAUUGUCUAUAUCGGCGGAGGCGAGUCUGACGCGACAUACUAUGCGGUUGCACAGUCCAGCGAUAACGUCUGUCCUGGACACACCGAAUCAGCCGGUCGCAUCGCCCGUAAGCUGCGCCGCGAUCCUUUGGCUGGUGAAACAUUCUCAGGCGACCCAUGCUGGAUCGAGACCAACGACUAUACCGGCAGUCAUGAAUGGGCUGAAACGGUCUACGGCACAAAGUACCAGAUGAAGGUGUGCGAUGACAAGGAGAAGAUCCUCGCUGCAUUGAGCAACCCACAAUCCGUGCCAUCUCAAGCAACAUCUCUCUUCAACGAACCCCUUGUCGCUGCUGAUGGCAAACACAACGUCAGCUAUCCCACCAACGCAAUCUACCUUCCAGGCUCUUCGGAUACAGGACGUUAUAUGCGAUUCUGGGCCGAUGUCUCCAUGAGGAAUAAGACUGGCAAUGCCUUUAUUCAACAGACCAACAUCUACAGCUCGUACAAGGCCUGGUUCGGUAGCAGUGAGGGUUCCAGUCAGCUUCGUGUGUACGUCUCAAACAGCGGCAUGAACAGCGAUUCAUCCCAGGAAAUUCUGACCGUCGCCACUUCUCGCGGCGACGACCUUGCAUUCCGCAACAUUGGCAUCCUACGCAGCGACUCCGAGGAAAAGGUUCCUGUUGGCACUCGCCCCAUCUACGGCUCCGACCUGGCUGGCUUCUACUGGCCGUCGGCCGUGUUCCAAGGCGACAAGUUGGUUGUUGCCUACAGCGAGAACAAGGCUAAUAUCCAGGUCUCCACUAUUAACUUUGCUGAUCUCCCUUGAAGUACAUGAUGCACACUCUUUUAAUGAUAAUGGAGUACUUGGAACACCAACAACAAAAAGUUAACGGUCGUGGAACUUGAUUGGCUUUGCUAUUUGUACAUAAAUGGUUAAUCGCGUUAGUCCUGGACUACGCUAAUAUACAUAUCCACCA